AUGAGACAGGCGAGCAGCAGGGAGGCCCACGGCAAAUCCCAGCCCGAUGCGAGCUGUUCGUCAUUUUCCCGGGACAGCUGCAGGGUCUUGGUGUCUACAGAGCUGCUGAUGGAGGGCAGGGGCGGCCGCGGAGGUAUAUGGGACAGGUUGCUCAUCAACUCCAAGCGUAAUUCCAGAAAGAAUUCCACUCUUCAAACAGUUCGGAUAGAGAGGAGUCCCCUAUUGGACCAGGUACAGAGCUUUCUCCCACAGAUGGCUCAGGCAAACAAAAAGCUAAGGAAAGGAAUAUCAACUGCACCACCUGGUCAUUUCAAUAUUGAAAAUAUUGACACUCUCGGAAAAGUUAUGCAAAUGGAUAUGACCUUGUUUGAGAUGAAUCAGUCUGAUUCAAAAGAAGAUGACAGUUCACAAGAGAAUUCACAAGACAGUUCAGAGGACAGUUCAGAAUUUGAGGAUGAAGAUGAUAGCACCUCUUCUGAAGGUGAAGUCACCAUCGAUACAAUUAAGCUUCCUCAUUCAGAAGAUGGAAAAGGCAAAAUAGAGGUUCUGGACCGUCCUGCCAGUGAAAAAAAGAAAACAGGGACAUAAACAAUCUGAGAAACAGGUGAUAGUUCCCGCUAAUUCUGUGGAAAAGAAUGUGGCUUGCUGGUUAUUUUGCAUUUCGGAUACCUAUGGUGUUUGUUUGCAAAAAUGAAUGUAUUUUGCUUCUUGGAGAAACAGAAGCUAGCUUUUAAAGAGUUGGAAGAGAUAGCAUUUGGGGACUCUUCUAAGAGCAGACUGUUUUUGAUCUCAUGCUAAAGAGGUUUAGUUUAGAAAGCUUAACUUUAUGUAUGGUGAUGAGUGAAUUUGUUGGCAUCCUCUUUCAUCAGCAUAGACUUCAGAAAUCUCAAACUUAUUUUAAAGUAAAAAUACAAGUUACCCAUUUGUUUUUGUUUUAAAUUGGCCUCUUGGGGCUUCCCUGGUGGUGCAGUGGUUGAGAGUCCGCCUGCCAAUGCAGGGGACACGGGUUCAUGCUCCGGUCCAGGAGGAUCCCAUAUGCAUGGAGCGGCUGGGCCCGUGAGCCAUGGCCGCUGAGCCUGCGCAUCCGGAGCCUGUGCUCCGCAACGGGAGAGGCCACAGCAGUGAGAGGCCCGCGUACUGAAAAAACAAAACAAAACAAAAACUUAGGUUGGGUUUCUUUUUAGGUUAUUAUAAAGUCAUAUUUAUUUUUUACCAUCAAAAUGGGUUCAUUGAGGGAGAACUUUUUUUUUUUUUAACAUCUUUAUUGGAGUAUAGUUUCUUCACAAUGUUGUGUUGGUUUCUGGUCUGUAACAGAGUGAAUCAGCUAUAUGUAUACAUGUGUGCCCAUGUCCCCUCCCUCUUGCGUCUCCCUUCCACCCUCCCUAUCCCACCCCGAGGAAAAACUUUUUU